AUGUCGCGAUUCGCCGUGCUCCUUUGCCUGGUUGGCGCCGCGCUCUGCGCUCCAAUUGAUAACUACGAUGAGAUUCCCGCUCAAUACAAAGCCUUGAUCCCACCAGAGGUCGCCGAGCACAUCAAAUCUCUCACCGCCGAAGAUAAGGAAGCUCUCAAGGAUGUCGCCAAGCGCUACAAGGACUUCAAGAAUGAGGAUGAGGCUAUGGCCGCCCUCAAGGAGAAGAGCCCAUCCACGCACGAGAAAGUGAUGAAACUUCACAACUUUAUCAAGGACAAGAUCGAGAAACUUCACCCCGAUGCCAAGGAAUUCGUCACUGAGGUCACCACCGCCUUCCGCAAAUUGCACUCCGAUGUUCUCGGCGGUCAACAACCCAACCUUGAGGAGCUCAAGGGAAAAGCCGUGACAUUCGUUGAGAAGUACAAGGCUCUUUCCGAGGAGGCCAAGCAAUCCUUCCGCGAACACUUCCCAAUCCUCGCCGGAGUUGUCAAGGAUGAGAAAUUCCAAGCUCUCGCCGGCACCCUCCUCAAGACCAAC